AUGUGGCCACCUAACAUCUUCGUCAACAACCUCAUCGGCCUGCACGCCGCGGUGCUGGUGGGCCUCGGCAAGUUCAGCAGCGGCCUUCAUCGUUCGUACUCGAUCUGGUACGUGGUUGGCACGGCGGGGGCAACGCUGGUGCCCGUGGUGGGGUGGACCCCCCUGAAGUCGCUGGAGCAGAUGCCAUCGAUGGCCGUGUUCGUCGGCUUCCAGCUGUUGGAGGUCUGCGACGUGUGGAGGCGGCGGCAGAGGCAGGGCGUCUCGGCGUGGCGCUUCUUUCUCUUUCGCGUGCUAGUCUUCGCUGCCGCCGCCGGUGUCGUCGCGUCUGUGUGCUUGGUGCUGUUCCAGAUGAACCAUUUCUCCCCCCUGUCCUCGCGCAUCCGCGCGAUCUUCCUGAAGCACGAGAAGACGGGGAACCCGCUGGUGGACUCGGUUGCGGAGCACCAGCCGACCAGCGUGGAGGCUUACGACCACUACCUGGGAAAGGCCAAGGGCUUUGCCCUGGUAGGUGUUCUGCUGUGCUGGCACCAGCGCACGCCUGCCAAGGUCUUCCCAGUCAUCUUUGCGAUCGUCGCCUACACCUUCUCGCUCAAGAUGAACCGGCUGAUCAUCAUAUGCGGGCCCGUCGUGUCGAUGCUGGCCGGCUACCCUGUGGGCAUCGCCGCAGACUGGUGUGUGGAGCAGUGUUUGCUGCUGCUGCGCGGCCGCGCCGCGCAAGUGGCGGGGCGGCCAGAGGCCCCCAGGCGGACGGGCGGCAUGGGCUCGAUCUAUCAGGCCCUGGAGCCGAUCGUCUGGCCCACGGAGUUCAGGGACCUGGUGGCUGCGAAGAACGGCUUUGGAGCAAGAGCUCCUGUCCUGGACAGGCUGCUGCGGCUGGCGGUGGCCCUGGCGAUGGCGCGGCCUGCGUUGCCUUUCCUGGUGCAGCAGGCCAGGGACUGGGCCGAGUUCUGCAAUGCGAGUGCGGUGAGCUUCUCCCACCCCGGCAUCGUGUUCCAGGCCCAGCUGAAUGAUGGAACAUCAGUCAUGGUGGACGACGGUCUGAAGGGCUACCAGUGGCUCACGAAGAACACGCCGGAGGGCUCUCGUGUAUUUUCCUGGUGGGACUACGGGUACCAGAUAACCGGCAUCGGCAAUCGUACGUCGCUGGCAGACGGCAACACGUGGAAUCACGAGCACAUCGCGACCAUCGGCCGCAUCCUCUCGUCGCACGAGACCAAGGCCUGGAGAGCCAUGCGCCACCUGGCAGACUAUGUGCUUGUGCACGUGGGGAACGAGGAAACUGACCUGGGCAUCUCCACCCACUUCGCCCGCAUCGGCAGCUCCGUGUUCCCCGACGUCUGCGGUGAGGAUGACCCGACGUGCACCAAGUACGGCUUCACCCAUGCCGGGCCCUCGAAGAUGAUGCGAGAGUCGUUUGUCUACAGAGCAGUGCGGAACGGGAAGGAGGGGGUACACGUGAAUCCCAAGUACUUUAAGCUGGUGCACUCGACAAGGUUUGACAUUAUCAGAAUCUUCAAGGUCGUGAACAUCUCCGAGGAGUCCAAGGAGUGGGUGUCGAACCCCGCCAACAGGGUAUGCGAUGCCCCUGGUAGUUGGUAUUGCGUCGGGCAGUAUCCACCAGCCCUCGACAAGCUCAUCGCCAAGCGAAAGAACUUUGCGCAGCUCGAGGACUUCAACAAGAAGAAUCAGGAGAAGAGCGCGUACACCAAGCUGAUCGAGGAGCGGCAGCGCCAGCAGCUGUCCGACAACGUGUAG